GCCUACUCUUGCACAAAUUUUGUGCAUCAGGCCUCUAGUAUGUAUGUAAGUUCUUUGGUUAAUCUCUUCCCAGCCCCACUCCACCUUUCCCUCUGAGAUUCAUCAGUCUGUUCCAUGUUUCCAUAUCACUCCUUCUGGCCUGCAACGUUUCUGUUGAGAAAUCAGCUGACAGUCAUAUAGGUGCUCACUUGUAGGUUUUUAAAAUUCUCUCCUUGUCUUCAGUCUUUGGCAUUUUAAUUAUGAUGUGUCUUGGUCCCUUUGGGUUCAUCUUUUUUGGGACUCUCUAUGCUUCCUGGACUUGUAUGUCUAUUUCUUUCACCAGGUAGGGGAAGUUUUCUGACAUUUUUUCAAAUAGGUUUUUGAUUUCUUGCUCCCUCUCUUCUCCUCCCAGUAUCCCCAGGAUGUGAAUGUUGGUACACUUGAAGUUGUCCCAGAGGUUCCUUACACUAUUUUCAUAUCUUUGGAUUCUUUUUUCUUUUUGCUCUUCCGGUUGGGUGUUUUUUGCUUUCUUAUAUUCCAAAUCUUUGAUUUGGUUCUUGGCUUCCUCUACUCUACCGUUGAUCCUCUGUAAAUUAUUCUUUAUAUCAGUUAGUGUAUACUUCAUUUUUGACUGGUCCUUUCUUAUAUUGUUGAUGUUCUCACUAGUUCCUUUUAAGCAUUGUUUUGAAUGAUGUAUCUGGUAGUUUUCUUCCAUUUCACUUAAUUUUCUCUGUAGAUUUAUUCUGUUCUUUCAUUUGUGACAUGUUUCUUUGUCUCUGCAUUUUGGCUGCAUCCUUGUGUUUGUUUCUAUGUAUAGGUAUAUCUGCUAUGUUUCCUGGUCUUAGUAGACUGGCCUUAUGUAGUAGGUAUCUUGUGGGGCCAAUGGCACAGUCUCCCAAAAUCACCUGAGCCAGGUGCUCCAGGUAUGUCCCUGGGUGGGUUGUGUGUUCCCUGUUCUAGUUGAGCCUUAAUUGUUGUUGGAUGCCAUAGACCAAUUCCAGCAUGUCAUAAUUUUAAGAGUUUCAUCAAAAGGUUGAUGAGACUUGGGGACUCAGCAGGGUUGAGUCACACAUGUAGUCACCUGUUGGGAAUGGCUAAAGGCAUUUCCCCAGACCUGAAUAGGAAACUGAUUGUGGCUGCCAGACAGUUAAAGGGCAUCUUAAUCUACAUGUUAUUGCCUCCUACUGGCCAAACACCUGAACAGCCGUAGGCUAUUCCCCAAAGUGACAAUGCUUCUGUACCCUUGGAAACCUUACCUUUGGAAGUGUAUUAUCUCCACCUUGCCUUCGGACAAAUUGUGUGAAUAAAAGCAAGGGUCCUAGGCAAGGAGGGACUCUUCAGUUCCUUUAGCUGAAGGUCCUCUGACCCCCAAUGCCUUUCAAAAUUAUAUCUCGUCUCCGGACUCUUUAUUCUCUGGAUUCCUAUGUCAUCUACGUGCAGCCCCUUUCCAGAUCCCUGAACCCUUCUUGAUGCUGGGACAUGAACCCCGGCAUAAAUAGAUGCCCGAAGUGGGACUUUCUGAACCCUGGAAGCAGCGGCCAUUGGUAUGUCAGUGGACUGUAUCUUUUUAAUUAUGAUAUGUCUUGGUGUGGGCCUCUUUGGGUUCAUCUCAUUCAUUAUAGCAGAGGAGCUGUUGCAUAGGGGCUGAUCCCAUGGAACAGGAUUCAUUUUAGCAGGGCUCUGGUGCCAGCUGAGCCUACCCUUUGGUGGUUUCAUUUGUGAAGGUGGUUGGGUAGUGCUCUGAUGUGGUCUGAAUCAGGCCACUGGGUGUGUUGGUUCCAGGGCCUCUUGUGAGGGACCAAAUUCAGCCAUUGCCUUUGCUCUGCCUGGGGCCACUUGGUAUGACCUACAAAGUGACCUAUAGAUGUUUGCCACUUGUGCUGGGCUUAGAGGUGUCUGGGAGAACCUAAGCUGUGAACUGAGGCUGCCUGCCACUAGUGCUAGGCUUGGAACUGCUUAGCAAGAGGAAGAACAAGGUGUCUACAUCACUGAUAACUUUUUUUCCCUCAGAAGGUUCCUUUAUUAAAACUGAGUGACAUUGAUAAGGGGACAGUGCAAAAAAUCUUGGUCCAGGAAAAAAACAAUCCUUAUAUAAUAAAAGCCCCGUAUACAAAUUGUUCAACUGGGAGUUUGCUCACUAUGAUAUGCGCUGACCACCAGCGGGUGGUGCAGUACAUGGCAUGUGUCGGUGGCGCAGCACUAGCAGCGGGCGGCAGUGGAGGCACUGCCAACCCUGAUGGGCCCUGAUAAGAGUGGGACCUUGGUGGGAUGGUAGAGCAGGUGAGUGGGCAGCACCAGGCCAAGGCAGGUGCGAGCAGGCACCCGAUCACCCCGCAGACAGCUACCUGCAUUAGUGGCGGGGGUGGGGCCACUGCCUGGCUCCCAAGCUCUGAGAGAGCCAGGUGGAGGGCCCAGCCCCAACUGAUCAUCCCACAGAUGCCAACCAGUGGCUGGAAGGCACUGAUUGCCUGAUUGGCCCCAGGCCCCAGGUUGUGACGGAGAACUGGGGGUGGGUGGCAGCGACCAACCUCCCGCGGUGCCCAGGUAGAGGGCUGCAACCUCUCGCCAGACUACCUGGGGGUGUGAGUCCCUGAGACGGAAGUACAGUGAGAAUGUGGGGUGUCCGCCAAGCUUGCUCUCACUCCCCCUGCUUCCCUCCCCUGGGACGCAGGGCUCAUGCACUGGGGAAGCCCCCGUACCCCGGUACCGGUCGCCUGUGAAGAGCCAGGCUGCAGCUGCCAGGACUGCAAGGGGCUGGUCGGGCUCCCCAUGGGUACGUGCAGAAGCUGGUCUGCGAGGCCGGCCGGGAGACAGCGCGCUGCCCAUCUGGCUUCCGUGUGGCAUGACUGGAUGGUCCAGAGGCCCAUGCUGUGCCCGGGCCUGUGGUGUCCAGCCGCACUCACCACAUCUCCGCAUGGGGACUUGGGUGCUGUGACUCAGGCGGAGGGGUGCGUGCAGAGGCCCGGGUGCUGCUCAGGGCCCAGAGGUCAGCUGGGACCUGCUCUUCCAUGCCAGACACUCACGCUUUGAUCACUGGCCAGGCCUAGGAACUGCACCUGUGCACAAAUUUCGUGCACUGGUCCUCUAGUACAGUUAAAAAGUUAUCUUCAACAGGACACUCUAGGAAUGCUGAGCUGCUUUCUCAUGGUUCCAGCCCCAAGAACAGAGAUUGUCCAGUCACCAGGGAGAAGCUUUCAAGGAAGGGGUGGGAUAAUAGCAGGAAGGGGAAGAGAGAGAGAAUAUUCUGCUGUCCCCAGUGUGGAACUGGCAUGUGUUGUAAAUGUUUCCCUCCACGUCCCGCAUAGUUCAGGGUUCAGGAUCUGGAAGAGGAGCCACACACAAAUGAAAGAGAAAAGACAAGAUAAUUUGGGAAUAUGGGGGGCCAGGCGGGUAAGUCCAACUCAAGAGGAAGGACUUCCACCGGUGCUCAGGCAGUACCAACCUUUUAUAGUCAGAGGUAAACAAGGCAGUGGUCACCAUAGUUACACAGUUCUUGUGAGUUUCACCUGUUUUGACCAUAGUUACACUUCCUGCACUUUCCUCAGCCCAUUAGCCUCCCAGAUAAGAUCCAGGGAGUGUUAUAAGGUCAAGCCUAAUUAAGCUAAGAGGACUGAGCCCUCUAAGCUGGGACUUGUUUGUGACUUUGCCAGCAGGUCAGUCCGAGGCUCAAUCCUAUAUCGGUUCCCCACAGCAUGGAUACCAAGCUGGGGGAUGUAAUCGCAGGAGCCUGAGGAAGGGGUGGGGAAGCAUGGGCUUUAUCAGGUCUAUGGGUUUAGAGCCCCUGCCCAACAGAAUUCCCCUUGCUGUGUUGAGUAUGCAAGCCUGGGAUUCAGGGAAGGGGUAGACUUGGUGGGGUGACAGCAUAAUCUGGGUAGUGAACUUGGCCUUUACCAAGGCACAGAUGGAAGUCAGGACUACAUUGCCACACAGGGACCCCUGCCUCACACCUUGCUAAACUUCUGGUUCCUGGAUUAGGAGUUUGGGGUUAAGGUCGGCUUUGGGGGUGGGUCAAGUGUGGCCCUCCUUUCCCCCUGUUCCCUUCUCUGUCCCCAGUCUAACCCAAAUUACCUCCCUCUCCUGUUACACCUCUUGUUUAGAUGAUCAUGAAAAACAUGUAUUUGAUUUUUAAUCAAAAAUGCUUUAUUUUCUGUAAAUGUGUCUUUUGGCACUCAUGAUCUUUGUUCUCCUGCCUCUUCCCACCUGCCCACAUCCUCAGAUGAGAGAGAUGUGGCUGAAUGCAGAUAUCAUGCCCAGGACCCUCCAGAUCACCUUCCAGAAGGUACUAAAAGGGGAGGAAGAGCUGCAGUAUGUGUUCUGGCCAAACAGAGGGGUCCACAGCUAUCCUGACUAUAUUUUCGCCAUGGUGGAGGAUCGUUACCUCCAGGGAUCUGGCCCCAGCCCCCUCUGUGUCCACUGAAGUAUGGGAUGUGGAUAAACAGGUGUCCUGUGUACUAUGGAUUAUGUGAAACAGUUGCUCCUGACCCAGGCAGAGCGCAGUUUCCUGUACCAUGCUGUGGUUCAGAUGGUCUUCUCAGAACUCCAAAACUUGAGUCCCCAUUCCCAGAACCUCAAGGAGAAUUGUGGCCCACUCUUUGAUGAUGCCAUCUUCCUCCAGAGUUUUCUGGCUCUUCCUGCCAUGCCUGCCUGGCCUACCUGGAAACCCCAAAUGCCGUUGGGGACAGGAGAUGCCACAUCUUUCUGGCUGUUUCCUGCUGGUAACGGGGUCAUAGCUUGGGGUGGCAGUCAGAACCCCAUCAGAAGCGAGCUGUUUCACUUCCUCCUGAACUCCCCUCAGGCAGGAGUAUCUCAGUGCCCCACAGCCUUCGCCAUGGCUGAUACAUAUGCGGUGGUGCAGAAGCGCAGGGCUACUUCAGGCCCCGGGUCAGGGUCUGGGGCAUGCAGCACGGAGGGGGCACCGCUCUACAGCCAUGUGACCCCGGGCACCCGCUGGCCGCAGGCACCCACAGAGGAGGGGGCACAACUGGGCGGUGUUCCUGCUGACCCGAGCCCUGCUGGGCCUGGCACAUACGAGGACGUGGCUGGUGGAUCUCAGACCAGUGGUCUAGGUUUCAACCUGCGCAUUGGGAGGCCUAAAGGGCCCCGGGACCCUCCUGCGGAGUGGACCCGGGUGUGAAUGCUGUGCCCAGCCUGCCUGCUACCCCACAUGGGUGCCUGGACUGCUGAAGGUUGUGCUCUGCUUUGUGAAGUGUUGGGAAUGGAAACACUGGGCCUGGAUCAAAAUAAAAUUUCUCAGAGUGGGAAAA